CAGCCGCCACUGCCCACCGCCGCCACGACGUCGACGGCCGUGUCAGCUCUGCCGGGUCAAGGCCAGAAGGGCGGCAUGCUGGAGAGCAUUCUGACGCUGCUCGUCGAGGAGGUGCGGGAGCUGAAGAAGUCCAACCAGGACCUGCACAAGGAGGUGGUGCUGCUGCGCGAGAAGCAGGAGCAGACCGACGAAAAGGUCGAGCGCAUCACCCAGGCCGCACCAGAAAGGCUCCUUUGUCAUCGACGACAUCAGGAAGCCCUUUAUAGCGAUGCAGGUCCCGGACAUGAGCACCAUGCGCGGCUGGGGCACGCUGCCGUGCGGGCUCGGGAUGCCCCAGAUCAUCUCCGCCAACCGCGUCUUCUGCUCCGUUGUCCAGCUGCCGCUCCAUCAACUCGUCGGCAGCCCGUUCUCCGCCGUGUGCCGAAACGAGACGAACAAGGGGAAUGGCGGGGUCGCCGUGAGCGAUCCGAUCGACGCGACCUGCACCAACCGCACGCCCACCGGCAAGGUGCGCAACCUCAAGACCCGUCUGCAGAUCUUCUACGGACCCGACGGCCAGAUGAAGUGGCUCGUGUCGGUCUUCGAUUCGAUGGUGGAGCACUCGAGCGAACACGAGCCGGCGACCAUCACGUUCCCCUCGCCGCUGCUGUCGUGUCUCGCCGAGGAGGAUUCUUGCACCGGCGACGUCUACUCGACGACAGCGACGCGGCCCGACCACCUCUUCCUCCCUUCCUCUCCCGCGCAGUCGUCAUCUCCUUCGCCCUCUUCGCCCUUUUCGUCGUCGUCGUCGUCUUCGUCGGCCUCACCACUGCCCUCGGCGGGCGCGGGCACGUCGUCUCUUCUUCCGGUCGGGACCACUCCGCCGCCCGUCUUCUCGUCGAUGAUCUCGGUCGGGGGCUACCACACCAUCCCCGGCCUCUUCCACGACGACGAGCGAUUCCAGUUGAUGGAAGAGGACAACGAGAACGACAAUGA